AUGAUGCAGACAAGGACACUGAGGCUGACUCGUCCCUCCCUGGCACUUCUGCUCAUCGCCGUGGGAGCAUGUAGUGAGAAAGCACUGCAUUUUCAACCGAUGAAUGAGUUAACAACAGCUUCAAAAGCAGUGACCUUGCUAGACCUGGAGUCAUCACAACCCCUAAAGGACCUGUCGGUGUGUACUUGGCUGAAGGUCACUUAUUUCAGGGAAGAGACCUACGUGUACUCUUAUGCUACGUCUGACAAGAGAAAUAAUGAGCUCAACAUGGGGAUUAAAGAAAACACCGUCAGGAUCGCAGUAGCGGGGGAAUACUUUUCAGAAUAUGCCAGUCAGAGCUACGUGCCUGAUGUGUGGUACCAUUCAUGCUUCGUGUUACGCAGUGAUAAUGAAAGCCAAAUCAACCUUUCCACCGCCGCCUCAACCAACAGCGAGAAACGCUCGGUCAUAGGAAGCUUAACACGAGGCAUCCUGCUGAAAGGCUCGCUGGUGCUCGGCCAAGAGACGGACCUGGUGCUCGGGGGGUUCAGCGAACAGCAGAGCUUCUCGGGCGUCCUCACGGGCUUCAACCUCUACAACAGAAGCCUCACUGAUGGCGAGGUGGCAUUAUUAGCGGACUGUUCUGGGAAAGUGCCUGAGGGGGAGCUGGUGGCGUGGAGUGCCACGUCUUGGCUCUUGGAAGGCCCCGUGCAGGAAUUUAAUAUCAACCCCGACGAAUAUUGCCGCCAACGAGCCUUUAGGUUUGUGACUUUGUCUUGCCAUUUGAUCUUCAUGAUCUUACGCAGUGAUCUCACAUGGAAUUGCUCAAGUUAUUUGAUGUGCUUGCGAUAA